UCUUCAAUACCUAACAUUUUAUUGCGCCCUAUUUUAUAUAGUCACCAAUUUUGGUGUUUUAAAUCGAUUUUAAUUUAUUCACCUCGCUAUAAUAUUGAAACAUAAUAAUACGAAAAUGAAACAAAUUAAUUCCUUUGCGCAAUAAAUUUGACUGAGGUUAUCCAUGUGACGAACUGCCGACCAGUGGCAUGUCCCCCUCAUGAUAUUCUCGCUUUGUUUUUCGAACACUAACAACAUAUUUUGUUUUGUCUUAAUUAAGUAAUAUAAAACAUACAGAUAAUUUUAUAUAUCAGCGAGUAAAGAAUCAGUUAUUGAAAAAAAAUAGGUGAGGCUAUCCAAGUGACGUGGACUGUAUGCGUCAGACCCAUCACCCAUGGAUUGGAUCGAAAACCUGAAUGCAAUUAUUUUCAUUAUAUAGAUUGACUGUACGUAUAUAUAAAUAUAGCUUGUAGAUAUAAAUAAAAUGAAAUAUGUUAGUUUACCAAUCGUUAAAAAAAUAAAUAGUUGUCAACAAUUGAAAUAUUUUUAUAAUAAUAAGCGAAAACAUUCAUUGCAGCAAGUGUCUAACCUUAAAGAUGAAAUUAAAAAAAAAGAUAUUAUCGGACCACCAGAUGAAGUUUCAAAUUUACGAACGAUUAUUUUUGCUAAAUCGCUAAAUGAAACUAAAUUGGAGAAAAAAUAUCGUGAAGCACGAGAAACAACACAAAAUUGGAAUACAAAAUUUUGGUUUGACCAUAAUUUGAAAUUCAUAACAUGCUGUACAACUUGGCCGACUAAACCAGCCAUAAAGUUUAACCAGGUUAAUUAGUUCAUCAACUAGCUAGCUAAUUUAAAUUAAUCGGUUAACUUAGUUAACCGGUUAAUCGGUCAAACAGUGAAAUUGAUAUUUUGCUAUUUAUGUGCUAGGAAUUAUGAUUAAAUGACAUAUCAUUAACGUAUGCUGAAAAAUACAAUAUUUAUCAGGUGAUUAAAAUUACUUAAAUGAUUAAAUUGAAGUUUUUUUUUAUAAUAUGUCAUUACAAUGAAAAUAAUUAUAUAGUUUUAAUAAAUUCACUCUUCUAGAAUCUAUAUUCAAAUAUUUAAAUUUUCUUAAUGAUACAAAAAAAAAACUUCAGCAUAACAAUAUCAUUUGAAAAGUUAACAUGCAGAUAAAUUACAAUCAAACAGUCAAAAUGAAGACCUGGACUCCAGUAAUGCUGAUUCGAG